AUGGAGUUCCAAGAAAUCAUCGACGUGGAUCCGAACCUACGGACUGAGGAUGUCCGAACUCAAGGCUCAUUCGAAUCGCUGAUGAUUUCCCCAUCAACUGUCACGAACCUCAAAAAUCAUGGUUUUCGAAUACCGUCACCAGUUCAGAUGAAAGCCAUUCCCAAGGGUUUAACAGGACUGGAUAUGUUAGUGCAGGCCAAAUCUGGGACUGGAAAAACACUUGUAUUUGCUAUACUUGCCAUUGAAAACUUAAACCUUCAAUCGAAUGAUGUACAGAAAAUUAUUAUCGCUCCUACCAGAGAAAUUGCCACUCAAAUCAAGGACACCAUCAAAAUGAUAGCUCAUUUCAAAACUCGAAUCGCUUUGCUGGUCGGUGGCACUCCGGUUCAUCUCGAUGUGCAGGCCCUUAAAAGAGGUGUGCAUAUUGUCGUUGGAACAGCGGGAAGAAUCUGUCAGAUGGCACAAAGUGGUGCUCUCAACAUGAAAUCCAUCGACUUAUUCGUACUCGAUGAAGCUGACAAGCUUAUGGAAGACUGUUUUCAAAAGGAUAUUAACUACCUGUUCUCUGCUCUUCCUCCUUCACGUCAAGUAGCAGUAUUUUCUGCUACUUAUCCGCGGGAUCUAGAUAAAUUACUAGCAAAGUUCAUGAGAGAUGCGUCAUUGGUGCGUCUGAAUUCUGAUGAUGUGCAGCUGAUUGGUAUAAAGCAGUAUGUCGUUGUGAGCACCCAGCCAGCCUUAGAGUGCCUCGUGAGACUUUUGAAAUCAGUCCAGUUCAACCAGGCUCUCGUGUUUUGCAACCUACAUCAGCAGUGUGAGCCGACCUAUUCCCAUCUAGAGAGGGAAGGAUUCCUCGCUGCCUCCAUCUCUGCACAGAUGACGCAACCUGAACGUGACUCAGUCAUUGAAAAACUGAAGCACAACAAAUUGAAAGUUCUUGUUUCGACCGACUUGUAUGUUUUAUUCUUUUUGACCGCCCGUGGUAUUGAUGCGACCAAUGUCAAUUUGGUGGUGAACCUUGAAACGGCCAUCAAUGUUGAGACGUAUUUUCAUCGAAUUGGAAGAGCAGCUCGUUUUGGUGGCUAUGGAGCAGCGAUUACUAUACUUGCGGAUUCACGUGAAGUUGGCCGUUUUAAAGCGAUGACAUGGAGAGGUGGCGUGAAUGUACGGGUUUUGGACUUGGAAAGAAUCCCUCCGGACUUGACAACGAACCAACAAUUCUUUGAUUCUUGUUACCCGCUCAGUGGUCCUGCUAAAGCACAAAUUCAGAGAAAUGGAGAAAGCAAAUCAGUCUCGCCUCCAGACUCGGAGUUUCCUAAAGUCUUACGUGAUUACAACACAGCCGUUAUUGAUGAAUCAACCGGUAGAUCUUACGAGAGACAAGUGUUUGUUGAGCUUUCCAAACGUGAGAUCCCGUUAAAUGAGGAAAUGCGUACAUGGCUUAACAAACUAGGGAUCUACAAAAAAUCGUCCAACAAUGACAAAAGUGACAGUUUUGCUAAAGAGGUUGCUGAAUUGAGUGCGAAAAUCUUGAAAUCUAAAAGCGAAAACGUUGAUGCGAAAGUGCUGCCCUCGUCCGCAGUACCAAAUGAGCAACCUAAGAAAUACAAAUUUGUUCCGUCGCGUCAAAAGGCUAAAAGGAAAUUCUAUAUGCGUGGUGAGCUGAUUGCCAUCAGGGAUUCAGUAUCGAAGGAGUCAUGGAAGCAGUAUGCUUUGUCAAGGUAA